AUGAUGAUUUGUUCGUAUGUUAAGAGAUGGCAAGUGUCUUCUCCGAAAGAACCAAGUCAUAAAUUUGUUGAGGAGAACCUAAUAGCGCACCAACAUUAUUUUGGAGAGGAAGGUGUGGUGUGCUUGAGUAUGGGUAUGGGUAUGGGUAUGGGAGGGGGGAGGAGGAGGAGGGAGGAGGAGGAGGGAGGAGGGAGGAGGGAGGAUAUGGAUAGGGGGGCGGAGGCGGUGGUGGUUCGUGAGGGUGAGGGUGAGGGUCGGGAUAAGCUGAAAAUCACAAGAUGGUAG